AUGACCGCUCUCGGAUCAUCUCUGUUUCUUUUGAACAUCUUCCUGUGGAGAUCAUACUGCAGUGCCGUAUGCAGCGCCGUGCUUUAUGGUGAUCAUAUCAUCAUAAAUGAUAGUCAAAGCUUGAGUCUCCUGCACGAUACUCUCCUACAACUUCGGCCAGAUUUGGCUCUCAUGGUGAGAGAAAUAACCAUUCAUGCCGGAGUAGGAGGAGCCGGAUGGUGGUUAUCCGGUCCUGCUGGAUACCAGGCUCUUCAAUCGAUCAUGACUCGCGGAGCGUUGGCCAUAGCCGCCUGCGUCAAUCUUCAGAGCCUCACCAUACGAACCUCCGAGUCCAGCGGUCAAUCGCCGUUCCCGCUAUUUGAUGAACUCCUCAACUUUCGACUUCGCCUUCCAGUUUUACGGCAUAUCUCCUUCUCCUUCCUCCUUGGGCUUGACACCAUGGAAUUCGUCGAACGACACUCCGAGCAGCUCGAAUUCCUUUCGAUCUACAUGGCGGGUGAUGUAGUUGCUCGCCAGUUCCUUUUUACCAAAGAACUAUGCAACAUAUUUUCUACCCCACUACCAAUCUCAACCAUCCAUUGCUCUCCGUUUUUGACUCCGAUCUUCGUCCCUCGUUCGCGCAUCACGGACGUAUCCUUGUACUGGCCGUGCCGCCAACUUGAACUGGACGAACUACCCCAUGUUGCUAAAGACAUCAUAGUACCUCUCACACAGUCGGGCAGGCCUGUCAUCGUCCUUGCCUACGCGUCGCAUGUAUGGCAUACAGAGUUCAUGGCGCACGCAGCCGUACAAUUACGGGAGCUGCAGUACCUGCGCAUUGACAACUGUAACGAGAACCCGGAUCUUGUGGACAUUGGGAACCGUAAUAUGCUCUCCGAGCUGUCCAAAAUUCUGCCUUCUUUCAAGUCCUUGAAGAUCCUUCUUCUAUGUGACCGCAUUCGCCGCAAUCUACAUGCUCCUAGUUCAACGUACGAAGAUUUCAAGUUAAUGCGGACAUGGGCUUCACUCUGUCCAACUCUCGUGUAUUGUGAUCUCCCGGCCUCCCGAACUUUAACAUGGAUCCGCCACCCAAGCUACGACUUCUUCGUAAUCGAUAAGGAAGGGAAGGAUCCUUACUUUGCAACGGAAUUCGGCGACAACUGGGAACACAAGUUUCUUGCAACAGAGGAGAUGUUAGAGUAUUCUGCGCGUUGGAGUCAGCAGUAUGAGGACCUGCGGGAAGAUGGAAUAAUGGAAACGCUGAAGCCUUUGCUGGAUCGGGGCGACAAGUUAUCGCAGUGAAGUAGUGAGACUGAUGUCUGUGCUUGGGUCCUGUCGCUUGUAGUGCUAUCGAGAAGUUAGUGUCUUGUAGCCCACCUCAGUAUACUGCU